AUGCCCAAGCCGUCUUCCGCAGACCUCCUGGCCUACCAGCUCGAGCAAGCAGCAACCUCGAAGAGCGGCCUAUCUACCUCGCCGCUCUCCUCCCCUCCGCUCGCUUCACAUCCCGCCUCGCCUUUCGAAGAUCCAUACCCCAGCUCAACUCGCGCCAAUGGGCUGGUCGGGGCAGCACCGAGCGAUGAGUGGACCCCUUCUGCCGAAAUCGUCGGGCGCGGAACGGCCCGGAGAUCGGGCGAAAGCGAGGAGGAAGAGACGGACGACGAGUUCGAGGACGAAUUGAACGACUUUGGCUACGGAGCGCCCAAGCGCAGGAAGGAGAAGAAGGAGACGCUUAUGGACAUCCUCAACUCGGAGCCGCCCGCCUGGAUGGUGCAGACGCCUCCUACCGCCAUAACGCCCGAGGAGACACCCUCGCUCGGCUCGAAGCGCAGUGGCACCUUUUCCUCUCGACUCCGCCAGCGUUUUGGUUCGACUUCGCCGCAGACGGUCGACGCCGCCACGACGAGCGGACCCGACACCCACGCCGGUCUCACGACGUUGCGCACGAGUCGCUCGGCGGGUAACCUCCUCAGCAGCUUGCGAGGAAAGCUCUCGUCCUCGACGGGCCGGUCGCGCGAAGACUUGUUGUCCUCUUCGCCCCUGCCUCCGACACCCCACGAGCUCCCUUACUCCACUUUCAUGACUCACCGCACCACAAGCGGCGACUCCUUCGCCCCCUUCGACCCCCAGUCCGUCGCGCCCAAACCUGUUCCGCCAACUCCGAAGAAACUGCACGCCAAAGGCGCUUCGGCCGCCCCUCCCUCGACUCGCGACCUCGCCUCCUUCCUCCGCGACAGCGGACCGACGCUCCAAUGCCGAAGCAUCCCUCCCCCUGCGCAUCCGCCUCGCUCGCACUCGCGUACCGCUUCGUCCGACGCGAGCGAGCGUCUCUCGAGGUCGCAGAACGGAAGCUUCGAUGCGACCCGCGGGAGUGGAGGGACGUCGGUUGUCAAAGCUGCGAUUGUCAAGCUCGGCGCGAGCGGGAGGCGGAUGAGCCUCGUCGCCCUCUCGCCCUUCGACAAGCACAUCAACUCCUCGCCGAGCUCUGAAGCGCUCCUCGAGCGCAGUGCGUCGCCGCAACACGGUCGCACCGUCAGCGAAGCGAGCGCGGCGUAUCUUGGCGUGCGCGAGUUUGUCGAGCUUGACGAGAAAGAGCAUGCGGAUAGGUUGCCUGUCGAGACGAGGGCGGGCAAGAUUGCGAGCCGUCUCGAGCUGGUGGCCGGAGGGACGGGCGCGAGGUUGACGAGGAGCUCGUCGCAGAGACUCGCCUCGCCUCAGCGCAUCCCUCGCAAACCCGUCCCCGCGAGCAUACCUCCGCUCGAGGAGCUCCUCACCAGCCCUCGUUCCUCAUCCAGGUCGCACAUCAAGCAAUCGACGCUCGACGCCCUCCAGCGUCUUCAGGACCGCGGCGAUACGGGACCGCUCGCGGUCGGCGAGAGUCCGAUCAAAGGUCUCGAGGGCGCAGAGAUGGACAGGAUGAGGGCGUUCUCUGCGCCGCCGGCGUCGCCGCGGUACGAUCAGUCGACUGGUCUCGCGCCUUUGACGCCUCUGUCGCCGAGUCCGACACUCUACGCGACACCGCCUGUCACGCCUAUUCCGGCAGACUUCGUCCCUCCUCCUCGCACUCCCUCCGCGCCGGCUGCACUCUCGCAGGCUCCCGCCAUCCCAUCAAAGAGUCAGAAGCGUCUCUCAGUCCAAGCGCUCGGCCAGUCCGCUCUCCCGACGCCCUCAAGCGCCUUCUCGAUGUUGCCGUAUAUCAACGGGACGCCCAUCAGUCCGCUCAGGGAGGAGAAGUCGUCGGGCGACUCGGUUCUUGAUCCGCCUCUUUCGGCUGCGCUGGCGACGCCGACUUACGCGGCCAGCCCUCACAACGGUGCAAGCGGUUUUGCCUACGGUGACGGCCAUGAGAACCCGGUCGUCGCCGCGCUUCUCGCCUUGCGCCAGUGCAUGGCCACGACCGCUUCUCUGCCCGUCGACCUGGCCACGCUCGACGCAUGCGACGACACUCGCCCGCUCGACGUCGUCCUGCCGACGCUCAAGGGCAUGCGGGACCAAAUGAGGCUUGCGGCGGACUUGGUGGACGCGGUGGUCGAGGCUUGCGAGGCGAAGCAGGCGGGAGGACCUGGCUCGCAGGGUGAAGACGUCGGGCGUCUCGUCGGGGCUUUGUCGGGCGAGGAUCAUGCGUCGACCGAGUAG